UGUAGUCUUGGGCGCGGGCGAGGCGAGCAUGGAGCGGCCGGCGGGGCUGCUGGCGUUGGCGGGGCUGCUGCUGGGGGCGCUGCGGUCGGCGGCGCUGGAGCCGGUCAGCGUCAGCCUGGCCAUCGGGGCGGCCUCCGUGCUGACCGGCUACCUGGCCAAGCCCCGCUUCUACUGCGCCUUCGUGGAGUGCUGCCCCCCGGACGACCACCGCCCCGACCCCGCAGCCCUGCAGCAGUCCCUGGAGGAGAGGCUCUUCGGCCAGCACUUGGCCCAAGAGGUCAUCCUGAAGGCGCUGACCGGCUUCAUCCACAACUCCAACCCGAAGAAGCCGCUGGUCCUCUCGCUGCACGGCUGGGCCGGGACGGGCAAAAACUUUGUCAGCCAGAUCAUCGCCGAGAACCUUUACCCGGCCGGGCUGAAGAGCACCUUCGUGCACCUCUUUCUUUCCACGCUGCAUUUCCCGCACGAGCACCUGGUCCCUCUCUACAAGGACCAGCUGCAGAAAUGGAUCCGGGGUAACGUCAGCAGCUGCGCGAAGUCCGUCUUCAUCUUCGACGAAAUGGAUAAAUUGCACCCGGGGCUGAUCGACGCCAUCAAACCCUUCCUGGAUUACUACGAGCAGAUCGACGGCGUGUCGUAUCGGAGAGCCAUCUUCAUUUUCCUCAGCAACGCGGGAGGCGACCUGAUCACCAGAGUGGCACUAGAGUUUUGGAAGAGCGGCCGAGAGAGGGAACAGAUCCAGCUGAAAGAUUUGGAAGUGGUCUUGUCCUUGGGCGUUUUCAACAACCGGAACAGCGGCCUGUGGCACAGCAGCCUGAUCGACCGAAACCUCAUCGAUUACUUCGUGCCUUUCCUUCCCUUGGAGUACAAGCACGUCAAAAUGUGUAUCCGGGCGGAGAUGAAAUCGCGCGGCAACUUCGUCGACGAAGAGAUCGUCGAAAAGGUGGCCCGAGAGAUGACUUUUUUCCCCAAAGACGAGAAGAUUUACUCCGACAAAGGCUGUAAAACCGUGCAGACUAAGCUGGAUUUCUAUUAAGGGUCUAUUUCUAUUUUUUAAGGGUCCCCAAAACCAGGGGGGAGGAGGGGGGGGAGAGAAAAAAAUAUUUGCAACAAUUUCCUCUGUUUAUGCACAUUUUUUAAAAAAGCAAAAAAAGAGAGCCAGUCUCCGGAUAUGCACUUUUUAGAAAGUUUGGGGAGUUGUUUUCACAGCCCCUUGGAAGCUUUGGGGGCAUCUCUCCCUUUUCCCCAGAUGUGGUCACCCCGAAAAUAUUGCUCUGGGCAUCUUCCACUGUACUGCACUUUUUAACACUCGCUAAUGGGGGGUCGGGGGGUAGAAGAUACAAUUCAAUCUAUUGGGGGGGGGGAUUGAAGAGAGCUACUCAAUUUUGAUUAUUCCUAACAGUCCGAAUGUACUAAACAGAUGUCUGAGCUGGCCAGUUGUGAACUAAAACCACUAAAAUGUUACAUGAGAUCUUCCUUCCUAUCUCACCCCAUGUGCCUCCCCAGCCCCGCCCCGCCAAAAAUGACAAUUCUUGAGAAUUUCAGGCUAGAGAAAGGUCAAAACCAGAGUGUGCCUUCUUAGGUCAAUAUUGAUGAGUGUCAUGUUGUAGAGAUUGUGUCAAUUCAGUAUCUGAAUUGUGUCAAUACAAUAUCUUGUAGGCCAAUUUGAUAAAAUAGUUCAUAAGGCUCUUGAGACUAUGCUUAAGGACCUGUUCAAUAGGGGGAAAUAGUUUCUCCUUUAUCUGACAAUCAUUCUUUUUUUCUGGAUCAAGCUCCUGGUCCUCAUGAAGUUUAUGGAUGGAAAAAUGGCUCAUAAACCUCUUGAGACAAUGGAGGGAUGCAGCUAUGCUCAAGGACCCAUCCAGUAUGAAACAAAAAAUGUAUAAGCCUUCCCUUUAUCUGGCACUCAUCUUUUUCUUACCAAGCUUCCGGUCCUCAUGAGGUUUGCACAGAAGAUGAUUUUUCUACGGAUAGGCUGCUAAGAAUCCAGAGUUUGGAGGGUUUUUUUGAUAGUUGCAACUUCAGUGGUCACUGAUAAAACUUCCUGUGGUUUGCAAACCUCUUAGCUAAAAUCCAACAACAUGGCAAACUGGGUGUGUAAUUUACUUAAGCCAUCUCGCUUUUUUUAACAGGAGCAGCUUUAAAGAAAUGUAUUUUUUUAAUGGACUGUUUUAUAUGUAGAACACUAGAGUUAUUAUAUGAUUGAAUGCAACUAGGGGGGAAAAUGAGAAUUAUAAUAAAUGAGUGAUGAAGAUGA